AUGAACAGUGAUUUGAAACAAGCAUUGGAGCAUAUUGCCCAGGGUGUUGUCGAACAACGUGAUGCUUUGAGCACACUAUCUGACCAAGUAGCUGUGAUAGAGUCACAGCAACACGAAGUCAAUACAGAGACUGUCAGGAUUCUUGCUUUGAUAGCAGAAGUCAUCCAUGAGCAGGGAAUAUUCGCCAAUGAAUUCAACAAUCUCUGCCGUGUUUGGAACCCAAAGUUUCAUGCAGACGAGCCCAUGCCCACAGCCAUUUCUCGAAGACUACGACAAUGGCAUUAUCUUUUCUCAAGCAGAGUCCACUAUCUUACCCAAGCAGCAAUGUCACUCGUCAAAACGACAAAAAGCUACAAAGAGGCGACCCAAAGGACAACAAGCCACAUCCAAAGCGAUUGGAAGCAUGGCGGCAGAGAAUACUAUCAGCAAGAGAUCAUCACUUCUUCCAUCACAGGACAUGUUCUCACCAAGUCAAAGCAAUCUGAAUUAGAGGCAAUUAAGAAUGAAGCCGACAAAAUAGUCCACAGAUCGCAGCAGAUCAACAAUGAAAUCGAGAAAAACAACCAGGAAUCAAAAUCCUUCAAUGAGCAAUACAUUCACGUGAAUACUGCCCACGGAGACGUCCAAAAACUCUUUGAGGAUUUCAAUCCUAUCAAAGAAAUGGCCGAUGCUUUGGAGAGAGCCUCUAUUGAGCGCUGUUCUAUCAGUUCUUCUUUGAGCUUGAGAGUAUCUGGAAUACUAUCCAGCAGUACAGCUCUCGAAAUGGCGAUGAGUUACGAACAUUUAAUGGACUGUGCGGAAGCUAUUCUUUCGGACUUUUCAUGCUCAACUCAAGAAGAUCGUCAACCAUUCGUUGAGUGGGAAAUAUCAACGCCGGAUCCUCCAGCUAAUGGAUCUCACGACGGAGCUUUUGUUGUUCUACGGGAUGUGAUAGUAUCGCAGGACUCCAAAAGACUAAUCUGUACCGUUGCUGUUAAAGACGUUGUAUCCAAACAACCAAUAGUAGGACGUCUUACAUUCGAUGACUGGCAAACAGAGUUGGAGCUACAAGCCACCCACCACGAUAAGAACGAGCCCAUGCCUCAACUACCCGGCUUUCACCAUUUCAAAUUCGACAUUGACAUCAGCGGUGAGGCCCAAUGCAGAGCUAAGGACAUGCUGUUACGGGUUCGUUACACUUUCAAAGGCGAGAACUACUGGAAUACCAGCGAUGGAAAGGAUUUCCGAGUCCAUUUCAAGGCAGAUAAAUUAGCACUUAACCAGGUGCUCGCCGACCUCCAAACAGGACUCGAUGAAAUUAAACUACACGGAAACAUAAUGCAAAAUUUUAGACUCCUUGAAGACAGGGAUGAUUACCACGAGAUGAUGAAACCGAGACUUUCAGACAUGUGA